AUGGAAUACCAACCUGUUCGCCGAGCGGGCACAGCUCGCACGAGGCCAACACAGGUCAAGCAUUCAGAUUCGGCCUACUACAAACGAUUCACGCGCACCUCGUUCGUUCGCGAGUAUGCACCCGUCACUUCCAUCUCCUUUGUCCCUAUCUCUGCAUUCUCCUCCUCCACAGCCGAUGACGCGCAGGCGGAAGCUUCGAGUAGCGGUAGCAGCAAGGCACCAUUGAAGUCCAGCGAGAGGAGCAAAUUUUUGGUCACUGCUGGUUCUAGAGUGCAGAUUUACGCAUCGAGCGGGAAGUUGCAACGGACUGUAGGCAGAUUCUCGGAUGUCGCUAGAGGGGCUACGUGGAGAGCGGACGGAAGACUGUUUGUAGCUGGGGAUGAUAGCGGAACGGUCCAGGUGAGCGUCCUGCAGCACUGUGCACUCACUCUGCAGCGCACUGCUCGUAAGCGGAGCAGUAGCUCACAGGCACGUAUUGAUGCCCCUUCAAUCCACAACAGGUCUUCGACGCAAAUUCCCGAUCCAUCCUCAGAACACUGAAAGGUCACAAGCAUCCUGUGCACGUGUCAAAGUUCUCUUCAGACUCGGGCACGAUUCUAACAGCAUCGGAUGACCGGACGCUCAAGCUUUGGGAUGUAGCCACUCAAUCUUGCACGCGCACCUUGAGAGGCCAUUCAGACUACAUUCGCACCGCAGUGGUCAGUCCUGACAACCCCGCAUUGGUGCUGAGUGGAGGCUAUGAUGGAAGCAUUCGUCUUUGGGACACGAGACUGGGCAGGAGAAGGCCCCCAACUACGGAUGGCGAUACGAUGGAUUUGGACCCGCACGGCGAUGCGUCGGAGGGCAGCGACGCGUGUGUCAUGACAAUGAAGCAUGGCGCACCAGUGGAAUCCUCUCUCAUCUACCCUACCGGAGGAGGAGGCAUUGCGCUCUCAGCAGGUGGACCCUCUCUUCGGGUCUGGGAUCUCAUGAUGGGUGGUAGAUGCCUCAGAGCUGUUUCCAAUCACAGCAAGACGAUCACUUCCUUGGCUCUGUCAACCGGCAGCGAUGCUGAUUUCCGAUCAUCGUUGCAAGAUACGGAUACUGCGCACGAACUUGCCGCUUCAAGCGGCAGCCCGCAGUCCCUAAGGCUGCUCUCUGCAGGACUGGAUGGACUCGUGAAAGUGUACGAUCCAGCAAGGGACUAUGCCGUCACGCAUACGAUGCGGUAUCCUUCUCCCCUACUGAGUCUAGCUGUCUCCGCCGACGACACGGUCUUUGCGACAGGUGCGGCCGAUGGCACUCUAUGCGUCCGCAGUCGUAUCCUCAAGAAGGGUGAAGCAAUGGCCAGAACUGCGCACCACCAGCAGGCCGCGCAGGGAACCCACAAAGUGUUCAUGGAUGCGCUGUCCUCCGCUGGCGCUCAGACCGCUAGCGCAAUGGAUGUCGCUGCGACAGUGCGGACAAAGAAGCUAAAAGCGUACGAUGACAUGCUGAGACAAUUCAGGUACGCGGACGCUCUGGAUGCUGCUUUGAAGGCCAAUGUUCCGCCAGAAGUUACGCUUGGAGUGUUGGCGGAGCUUAGACGCCGAUCUAGUGCCGACGGAACAGAGGAUGGACUCAGAAGAGGGCUCUGUGGAAGAGACGAGGAGGGGCUUAUCAAGGUGUUGAAGUUCUGCUUGAGACAUGCGGGCAACCCCGAGCACGUCAACAUCAUUUCGGACACUCUCGACCGAGUCAUUGGUCAGUGCCAUCGUCCCAGCGUUGCUUUCGUGCGCUGCCAAGUGGAGCUAAAGGAAGAGAGAUCUCUUCUUUGCAGACAUCUACGCCCCUAUCCUUGGCCAGUCGCCUCAGAUUGACGACCUGUUCGGUCGGUUAUGGUCGAAAGUCUCCGACGAAGUGCGCGUUCAGAGAGAUGUUGCCAAAAUCAGAGGCGCCCUCGACAUGAUUGUCGCCCGGUCUACACUUGGCUCGGCCGUCACCGCUUGAUCAGGACGAGAAUACAUACAUGCACGCACCGUCUCAGGCAUGCAUCUUGCUCGGUUCCAGGGCUUCGCGGUUCUCAGCAAGGCACAUGCCCAAAAUGUGCGCUCUAAGGGAAAGUCUCUCUAGGCCGUCAUUGGGGAAGCCGCGCUGCAUGCGCUUGACGCGGAAAAGCCUGAGAAACCAGGUAAGCAGAUGAUCUUCAACUUGCUGAUGACAAGUCUGGGACAGUGGCCGUUGGUCGUUCGCCGUGCUCGACGUGGAUUGGAAGGUAGGCCAGGCGGCUCUAACGAAAGUAACGCGCUCGCUCACCCGGGCUCGCGCACCCACCGCAUCGGCCGUUCUUCAACGAGGACCAGUCACGCGGUACGAUGGCUUUUCAUUGACCGGGGACACAAUUUCCGGCCAACACUUAGGCCCAAAGGGCCUCGUUGUCUGACGACAUCCUUUCUUUUCGGCUUCACGCAGGAGUCAGGUUCAGGGACCUCGUACGCAGGGGUCACAGGAACUCAUAA